CACGCGCGCGCUCCCGCGUGAAAGUUUCGUGUUUUACCUCUUCACCUUUUCACCUUCUUUCCGGGGUUCUUACAGCAAGUGAUGCGACUAGGUUACCCCCCACACACAUAUUGGUCCUUUUCGCUCAUGCUCUCUCGCGCCCUGCUUCGCGCUCUUUGCUCUACCUGCAACACCUCGUUUUACUCCCCCAUUGUUCCCUGGGAUAGCAGCUGAGGUGGUUUUCAGAUUGAGCUCCGCAAAUCUGGGAAAAUCCCCACGAGAGAAUAUCGUCAUUUGCUUGAGAGACGAUAACAGCAAUUGUAACGUUUUCCAGAAAUGGAGGCUUGACUUGAGUCUCUUGCUGUCCCUCCCUGUACCGACGUGCAUAGUUCAACCAUCUCCUUCAGCACGCGGGUCCCUUCAGGAGUGACAACUGGCACCUUGGACGCGGGACUGGCGCGAGGGAGGCGGCACGAAUGUGCCGGGUCUGUAUGUGCUGCUUUUCGCGCUGAGUGCGUUUUCGGGACUAGUAAAAUAAGAGCUUGCGCGUGCCAUUGUACCGGGUUCGGUUGUCGGGAAGACUCGCGAAGAUGCUGUGGAAUUGGAGGAUCCUCUUUCCACACGUGUGCUGCGCCAGCUUCCUCCAGUUCUGGAUUAUGCCGGGCACGGUGGUGGAGGUGAUGGGGUCCCAGCCAGGGAUUCCUCUCUCAGUGGUGAAGUUAUGGGCCUCAGCAUUUGGUGGAGAAAUUAAAUCAAUUUCUGCAAAAUACUCUGGAUCCCAGCUGCUGCAGAAGAAAUAUAAAGAAUUUGAGAAGUCUGUCCGAGUGGAAGAAAUUGAUGGCAUGAAAGUGGUCAAAACUCUCGCAAAGAAGAUGGAGGAAAUGUUCCGGAUGAAAAAGGAGGCCAUGCGGCGGCUGGUGGAGGCAGCAGAGGAGGCCCAUCUACAGCACGAGGAGGACCCAGAGCUGCAGUAUGAGUACUUUAACGCGGUGCUGAUCAACGAGGUGGAUGAGGAGGGCAACAACGUGGAGCUGGGAGGAGAGUUUGUUCUGGAACCCAACGACCACUUCAACAACCUGUCAGUCAACCUCAGCCUCAGUGUGGUGCAGGUGCCCACCAACAUGUACAACAAAGAUCCAGCCAUAGUGAAUGGGGUGUACUGGUCAGAGGCCUUGAAUAAAGUGUUUGUGGAUAACUUUGAAAAAGAUCCGUCCCUGAUAUGGCAGUACUUUGGCAGUGCCAAGGGCUUCUUUAGGCAGUAUCCCGGGGUCAAAUGGCAUCCAGACGAACACGGGGUCAUCGCCUUCGACUGCAGGAACAGGAAGUGGUACAUCCAGGCAGCGACGUCUCCUAAAGACAUGGUGAUCCUGGUGGACGUUAGUGGCAGUAUGAAGGGCCUGAGACUGACCAUUGCCAGACAGACGGUCUCCUCUAUACUGGACACACUGGGAGACGAUGACUUCUUCAACAUCAUCGCUUACAAUCAGGAGAUGCACUAUGUGGAGCCUUGUCUGAACGGUACACUGGUACGAGCAGACAGAAAUAAUAAAGCUCAUUUCCGAGAACAUCUGGACAAGCUGUUCGCCAAAGGGAUUGGUCUGCUGGGUGAUGCUCUGACCGAAGCAUUCACCAUUCUAAAUGAUUUUAACCAGACUGGGCAUGGCAGUGUGUGUAGCCAGGCUAUCAUGCUGGUGACUGACGGGGCAACGCAGAUGUACGACGAUGUCUUCGCCAAGUUCAAUUGGCCAGACAGAAAGGUGCGCAUAUUCCCUUACCUGAUUGGCCGAGAGUCUGCCUUUGCUGAUAACAUGAAAUGGAUGGCCUGUGCUAAUAAAGGGUAUUUCAGUCAGAUCUCCACACUGGCUGACGUACAGGAAAAUGUGAUGAGGUAUCUUCAUGUUAUGAGUCGUCCUAAAGUCAUCGACCAUGAGCAUGACACGGUCUGGACGGAGGCCUACGUGGACAGCACUCUCUCCCAGGCACACAAGUCCAGAAACAAGAAGGGCCCAAGCCUGAUGACCACUGUGGCCAUGCCUGUGUUCAGCACCAAGAACGAGACCAAGAACCAGGGUAUACUCCUAGGGGUAGUGGGCACAGACAUUCCUCUUCAGGAACUCAUGAAGAUCAUCCCUAAACACCUGCUGGGUAUCCACGGUUACGCCUUUGCCAUCACAAACAACGGCUACAUCCUGACCCAUCCGGACCUGAGGCCACUGUACCAGGAGGGCCAGAAGAGGAGGAAACCCAACUACAGCAGUGUGGACCUGUCAGAAGUGGAGUGGGAGGACAAGGAUGACUUUCUGCGUAAUGCCAUGGUCAACAGGAAGACUGGGACAUUCUCCAUGGAGGUGAAGAAGACAGUGGACAAAGGGAAAAGACUCCUGAAGAUGCACAAUGACUAUUUCUACACUGAAGUCAAGGGAACUCCCUUCAGUGUCGGAGUGGCUUUGUCUAGAGGCCAUGGCAAAUUCUUCUUCAGAGGAAACGUCUCAGUGGAAGCAGGGCUCCUUGACCUGGAACAGCCAGAUGUUGCGCUGGCAGAUGAAUGGACGUAUUGCAACACAGAUGAGCACCAUGAGCACCGCUCCCUCUCCCAGAUCCAGGCCAUUAAACUCUACCUGACUGGACGCAAGCCACACAUCAAAUGUGACAGGGAGCUGAUCCAGGAGGUGUUGUUUGAUGCUGUGGUCACAGCCCCACUGGAGGCAUACUGGACCGGCCUGGCCCUCAACAAGUCCGAGAACUCAGACAAAGGAGUGGAGAUUGCUUACCUAGGCACACGCACUGGCCUCUCUAGAACCAGCCUGUUUGUUGUCCCAGAGCACCUAUCCAAUCAAGACUUCCUGACGGCAGAGGAUAAGGAGGGGGUCUUCAACGCUGACCACUUCCCUCUGUGGUACAAGAGAGCAGCAGAGCAGGUUCCCGGCACCUUUGUCUACUCGAUCCCCUUUGGAGGAAAUGAGAAUAAGAGUGUGGUUUUGGCCAGCACUGCCAUACAACUGCUGGAUGACAGGAAGUCACCUAUUGUUGCCUCCGUUGGGAUUCAGAUGAAGCUGGAUUUCUUUCAAAGGAAGUUCUGGACCGCUAGUAGACAGUGUGCUGCUCUGGAUGGGAAGUGCACCAUUAGCUGUGAUAAUGAGGACAUCAAGUGUUACCUUAUUGACAACAACGGAUUUAUUCUGGUCACAGAGGACUACUCUCAGACGGGGCUGUUCUUUGGAGAGGUGGAGAGUGCUGUUAUGAACAAGCUGCUUCUCAUGGGCUCCUUCAAAAGGAUCACUCUGUAUGACUACCAGGCUCUCUGUAGAGUGUAUGCUGGCAGCAGUGACAGCGCACGCUCUCUAUCACAUCCCUUCUCCAUCGUGAAAUGGCUCCUGACCAAACUUGUCAUUUUCCUGCUGGAGUUCAACCUUUACAGCUGGUGGCAUGUUGAUCUCUCAGUCAAAGCCCAACGGUCGAGGGGAAAGACCAUGAUGGUGCCAUGUGACACGGAGUACCCUGCAUUCGUCUCUGAGCGUACCAUCAAAGAGACCACGGGAAACAUCGACUGUGAGGGGUGUGCCAGAUCGUUUGUAAUUCAGCAGAUUCCCAGCAGUAAUCUCUUCAUGGUCGUCGUGGACAACAAGUGUGACUGCAGCUCUGCCCCCCUGGUUUCCAUGGAUCCCAUCGAGAUCAUGUACAAUGAGUCUCUGAAAUGUGAUAGGCUGAAGUUUCAGAAAGACAGAAAGCGGCCAGAAACGUGUCAUCCUUUUCACCCUGAGGAGAAUGCCAUGGAGUGUGGAGGAACAGCAGGCCUCUCUGCCCCCCUUACAGCAGCACUGCUCCCCCUACUGGCCACUCUCAUUAGCAGGUGACCACACCGCCGUCGAGGCCCACCUUCCUUGACCCAACACUGGACCUAACACUGGAGAGAUUGAUAGACUGGCGCACCAUCAAAUGCUGACAACGCACAGGGAGCCUCGCCAACAAGAACUUGCUCACAACUGAGUUACUUAUUACCAACAGAGAGAUGGACCAAUUGUAAAUCAAUCUCCCUGACCAGCAGAGAAAUGACAAAUUAGACAUUGUUCAAGAGAAACAGAACAAUAUUCAAAGGGGAAAACAAUAUGGACAUUAGACCGAAAAAAAUAUACCUGAGAGCAGCAAUGAACGGGUUUCACAAGAUGACAGAAAGGACAAAAGAUCAGUUGGAUAACAAAUGAUGUGAUGUAGGAACUAUCUUCCUUUAUGUACAGUCAGUGAAAGCAUUACCAUGUUGAUUUAAAUCUGUUGGUUCACUCCACAUUAGCGUUCCAAAAUACUUCAAUACACUCUCACAGCUGUAAUACGCUGACUGUGCAAGCGGCAAGGCAGGAUUUUACAGAAUAAAAGAUCCACUUUUCCCUACGUUCAGACAACAUAACACGGGCAACGAUAUGUGAUUGUACAGAUAUACUAAACACAAUAUUUGACAUAAUUUAUUGCAUGAGACAAAGUCCACUUGAUCAAUAAUUAUUGCUCUAAUACAGUAUAAUAUUGUGGCACUGGUGACGAUGAGAUCUAUAGUGCCACCAUUUGGUCUGGUGCAGCCAUCUAAGGUUGCAGUGACUUUAUAUUCACACAGCUACUAAGGAUAUACUUAAGGUUUACAUACCACAUUUCAUUGCCCCUUGUCUAUCGGCACAGUUCUUAUAGCCAGUUACCCAUGGUGGAAUUAUCUGCAGGGCUUGACAUGAACUUUUUCUGAAACUUGUCCUUCAGACAAGAAAGAAAGAUUUUUUUCCUUUUCUUUUUUUCUUUCUUGUCCGAACGGUUAAGGAGAACUGGCCAAAACCUCCCUCUGUUAAGGUGAGUGCAAUGUAGACUUUGCAAGUAUCUGCAAGUCCAGCGUUCAUCAAAGCACAGCUCCCCUGCCAAGACCUGCCUGCACUCUUGGCUCUGCCUUAUGUCAGUGUCUCAGAGUUCUGGUCAGAGUCUUGUAAGCAGGCACAGGUGUGAGCAAUUAGUUCAUGAUUUAGUGAUAUCUUCCCUUACAAGCUGUCCUACAGCUUCAUCACACUAUCCCCAUCCUGGGUGGAAAAGACCAUCCCUGAGUUGUUCCAAAGCCAUGUGGUAACUUUGGACUACGCUGGUGGCUGCCAGUCAUGCUCAAUGAGAU